GCGUUCACAAAGGUGUAGUAAGUGGGUCAUUCCAGGUGAUGUAUAUAUAUAUUAUCAGUGAAUUGUAAAUAUGGCGAAGGUUCUGCGAUCACCGUGACAAAACCGUGGGAAUAUCGACAAAACCAGGAAUUAACAUCAAUUAGAUCCAGGACUAUGUAGUUGCAGUUCAGCCAGUCCACCUUUCCUAACAUGCCACGAUCACGUUGGGAUUUGCUGCUGCUGCAGCUGAUGGCAGCCAGCCUCUUCUCACCUGUGAUUGCCUUCAAUGUCAAGAAUAUUUACAUGGAUUCAAUAGCUAGCUGUAACUCCAGACAUACCAUCUAUGACUUUGAUAUCGUGCUCGGAGGCCACGAUUCAGUGGCGUCCUCCAACCCUCCCACUACCUGCCAGGUGAUCAUAGAGGCCGGUUAUACGGACACCUACUUCAUGCUGGAGAUCAUACAGGAAGCCAUCACUAUAUCUGACUGUAGCUUCUCACUCAACAUUUAUAAUGGGGAGGGCACUGUUGGUGUUCCUUUGAAAAGUUUGUCAUGUGGGUCAAAGAGUACCGGUGUUUUGUACACCAAGGGAAGGAUUGCCACCUUCUACCUCCGUCAACCAAGGGACAUAUUCCAGCCGAAGAACGACUUCAGCCUUAGGAUCAAGGCCUUUCGAGAUCCUAAUGCCCCAGAAGUUGUCGAGGGCAUAUCCCAUCUGCCAGUAGGGGCCAUCGUCGGUAUUGUUCUUGCUCUGGUGUUACUGAUUGCCUUCAUCAUCCUCCUUUGUUGGUGUUUUAAGAAUGGAAAGCUGCCCGGUAUGGAUGGAAGGCCGUACAAACAGCGUCCGAAGCGUAAACCACAGGAUCGGUCGGAGUCUGGGACAGUCAAUUCUGCAUUCUCUGAGAAAAAAGUGUCGAUGAAUCCCUCUCGUAAUAACAAUUUUAAUCUGAACAAUCAGGACUUGUGGGACACAAUGACAAAUGCAUCACAAAGUUCCAUGGCUUCCCUCACUACUGGACAGCCCACCGGUAAAAACUACAACAAAAAUAUGAUUUCAAGGGAUGGGACCAAUGGCACGGGUAGGCCUAGACGGGGACAAUAUAGCGUGAGCAACGAUUCGGCUGUGUUGGCGGGAAACUUGGCAAAGAAUGCCAAUAAUGGUGCUAUAGCAACUAGCCAGGAAACAGACGUAGAUCAAAUGUACGAGAACUACGAUAAACCAGCAGCUAGUAGUACAGUCAGUAGGCCGGGACGACAAAGGAAACCACAGGAAAGUAAUGAAACAGAGACAAAGCGUCCAAAGUCAGGUAGGUUUGAAACUCCAGAUGAGGAAAAUAAGGAAGCUACAGAAGAAAAGCCAACUGGCAUAUUAGCAGAGCUGCAGAAGGAGCUCUCCAGGAGGAAAAGUAUGAAAGAGGGCAAGGAGACAGACAUAAAUGACACGGCCCCCGGUGGACCAUCAUCCAAGAGGAGGGGGCCCGGGGUAAAGGCUCUUCUCCCAGAGGAGAUGGACUCGCUAGAAGACACUAAAUUUAUGGCUCUUGAUCAGCAGAGCGAGCCCUUAGAGUCGGAUAAGAUGUCUAAUCCAAUGUUAAGCAGCUCUAAUCCAGCCAUUCGUGCCUCUGUCAAUGAACUCCGACCCAGGACAGAGGGGUCUCCUAGAUCCAAGAAAAAGAAGAGAAAGAGGAAGAAGUCUAUCAAUGACUCUGGUCCUCGGAGGCACAGGAAUGCGCCUGACACAGGCGACGAGUAUGAGCCAGAUCAUCCCACUGGCUAUACCACAGAGGAACCCAUGGAACUACUCUCUAGGAUUCCUUUGUCAGAUCCACUGUCCUCUUUACCUCUGCCUCCAGAGGCACUGGCACCGGUUUUUGCAACGGACACAUCCACUCAACCCCACUAUUAUUCUCAGCCAGACCAAUAUGGCUACCAGCCUCAACCGGCAGACCAAUACAGUCAGCCACAGAUCAUCGGUUAUGAUGGGUAUGGGAAUCCAGUGUAUGGGUACAAUAACCAGGCUCCUGGGGGCGUGGGCGGGGCCCCUUACGGACAGGCUGGUCAGCCCACGUAUUACAUGCAGCCCGACGGUCAGGUUGUGAUGAUACCAGCCCCAGGUAUGGAGGGUCAGCCUUACAACCAAGGUUUACAGAUAACAGACAUGGGGUCACCAGGAGCGCCUGGUUACGCAUCAACUCCAUCAAACCAUGACCCAAACUCCCGUCAUCGCAGUCCCCGACACGGACGAAAGUCCAAACCUAUGGGCUUAAUGGCAACAGUACCUGGGGGUCCAACAGGAACAGUUCUUGAUGACCCCAACCUCCCUCCCCCAGGGACCACCAUGAUGAGGACAGGUAUAGACCCUGUCAGUGGGGCUCAGGUCAACCAGGUCGUUUGGAGUGACCUCAAUCGUGACCCCACCGACCCAGUUGGUGUGGACAAUCCUCAAAUCACUAGGAAAACCAUGGUGAGGGUGACCACCAAGGCUAACGAGGGUGGAGGUGUACCAGAUGCUCCUAGCCCAGCAUUGCAGCAGAUGUCGUUCAAUGCGGCCCAGCAGCUCAAGACAGGUGCCGAGCCAGCCUUUAUGUCCCCUUCUAAGGGCCGGGUCCAGGGAGGAGCCCUUCCCUACAUGACCCCAGCCCCUAUAUACGCUGCGGAGACCCCUGAGCGAGACAACACUGGCUUUUACACUGGAGUAAAUCCAACUGUUCGGGACACCCCCCACGUGCCCCCGUCAGGACCCGGGGGACCACGGGUACACAACGCUCCCCGGGCCAACAAUGCGUUCAGGGACAAGAUCACACUAUCCAUGGCAGACGAAUCGGAGAUCUGAGGAUCAACAACCAGGGUUAAAUGUUCAUGUUGGUGACACUGUUCAUCUGAGACCUGAUAUAUACUGCAGUUUGUGCAGCACACAAAAUAGAAUUUAAUUUAAUUUAAAUGUAAAUUGUUCUGACAGAGGUAAGUAAGUAUGAAUAAAAUAGUUUGAUUUGUAAUUUGUACAUUACAUGAAGUCAGGUACAAUACAAUGAUAAGCCUACAAGAUAUAAGCACAUCAAAUAUACCAGUCCUAUGCAUAUUGCAAUUUGCACAUAGUUUUCUCAUAAAUCAUUCUUUCAUUCUCAUGCCAGCCUGGAACUGAAUUCCGACACAAAGAUUGAACUUUUUCCUUAAACACCAGUGUUCCUUUUUGCUACAUGUAUUAAUUUAUUUUAAUGUAUCUUGUUCAAUUUUUCUUCAAAUUUGAAAUAGAAGGGUUCCCGUAAAACAUACGUCAGUUUUAGUUUUGAGUACAAGCUCAUUAAUGCUAACGAAAAAAUAAUUGCUAAUAUUCUUACUAAAAUCUUCAUGGACAAGAGUACAGUGGUGAAAACACUUUGGAGAUACACAGGUCAGAGGCAUUUUUAAUCUCAAGAAAUUGGGGUCAAUUAACUUGUGUCCCAUUGUAAACUUCAAGUACUGGAGUAACAUUGUUUUAUAGUACACACAUGUUCUACCUGUAACCCAUGCUCUUGCAUAAUUGAUCAAAACAGCUGACGGUAGACAAGAUGUACCUUGGGAAUAUCAAUAAUGUGUUUGAUGUUGUACACAGCCCGGGGGGAUAUGUCAUGUACAUGCAUGUGACUGAUUGGUACAAUACUGCACUAUAGCCUUGAGGGGGUCAUCAGUCCGACUACGACCAGCCAUGCACAGCGGGAUGGCUGUAAGUUAUUAAACCUGCCUAUACAGUCUCCCAAACUUUGGUUGAAAUAUUACUGAUGUACAUUUCAAAAUUAAAUCUGUUAAGUAUGGAACCUGGGGGUUCAUUGAAAGCAAUUGUUUUCAAACCCAAAUUUUAUAGUAAUUUGAAAACUGCUGUAUUAAAUUCCUUUUGUUCCAAUAAAAGCACUUUUUUAAUAAUUUGGAAAAUAAAAACAAUUUUGAUGAAAGAUCAAGGAUAUACUCUGCAUGCUGGAAUAUAUAUAUACAACGGUUCAUCACUUGGCGGGAGGCAGACUUCGUACGAUAUGCUUACGCGCAUAUAGU